GGUUACAGCUGAACAAACUUAGUGGAGAUGUAGAUCCAGGGCUGCAGAGAGCUUGCUGGUGCUCUCUUAGUUCUGGACAGAGGGGUCUUCAAUGCGGAAAGGUCCUUUUGGAUGUAUUCAGUUUGUAUAGUCAUGGAGGGAUGACCUGUUGAAGAAGGUGAAAAGGUGACGAAGAAGGUGAAAAGGUGACCUGGGUUGACCUCUUUGAGAUUGUCUUUUGAUUUCGACACAGGACUAUUCUGAAACCAUGAUGAGAAGAUUUUUGAAAAGCCAGAAGGGCCGUUUCUCCCUUCGCCAAAGCCGAUCCGGAUCCCGGAGUGCUUCCAAAGAUUUCUACCCAAACCCUAAUGUGCUGAGAGAAUUCCCCAUGAAUAUUGAUUUGGCUCUGCCAGCUAAUAACCAGGGCUGGCCUGAAGAUUUUGGCUUUAAGCUGGGCGGAGAUGGACCCAGUUACAUCCUCUCUGUGGUGGAGGGCAGCAGCGCUUACAUGGCCGGGUUGCAGCCAGGUGAUCAGGUUCUGGAGAUCGACGGGCAGAACGUUUCCUCUCUGAGCACAAAAGCACUCAUCGCCCUAGCCCAGACCCUCAAAACAGUGCCGCCCAGCAUCGGAGUCGUGUCUCGAAUUGAACAGAUGGACAUUUCCCCAGGGCCUGAUGGUCGUUUUGGUUUCACCAUAGUAGGAGACAGCCCUCUGCUGGUGGAGGACUGUGCACACAACUCUCCAGCAGGGCGGAGUGGACUCCGAGCAGGUGAUUAUGUAAUGGAAGUGAACGGGAUUCCGGUGAAGCAACAUGAGAUAGCAGCAGCCAUGAUCAAGGCGUCGCAAGGGCGCACGCUGCGUCUGGGCGUGCUGCGUAUAAACCGCUGGCAGAAACGCACCAGUACCAGCAUGAAAGAGACGUAUCAGAGCGGAGACAUGGUCAGACAGGACCGCAAGCACAAAGCUCUGGAGUUUAACAAGAAGGUUGAAGAGAUUUUAGGGGAGGAGCCUGAGGUGAAAGAGAGGCUUUUUGAUUUGCUGAAGCAGUAUGCAAGUGAGAGGGAUGUUGAAGGACUGGCGUCCACCCUUCCAGAAUUACUGCUCACAGAGGAGCAUCAGCAAUUGAUUGACAGCAUCAGGAUCUUCAUCCCUAAGAAGCACAGGCAGCGUUUCGACGAGAUGGUCUCACAGAGUCUCAUCAGUCGCUUGAGAGGUCGAAGUUUUAGCGACCACAGGAACAAUCGUCUCCGUCGGAGUCGAAGCGAAGACCACCCUGAUCGUCUGCUGUCUGUGUCCACCCGAGCCAGCUCGGUGCCCCGGUCCACCAAUGAAGAGGUCGCUAUCACCCGCGGCGUGCGAAAGACCACCUCGCUCAUCGCUGGACAUUCCAGUUCCUUCUCUACACGCAGGACAGUACGAGUGUACAAAGGAAACCAGAGUUUUGGCUUCACUUUACGUGGACACGCUCCAGUCUGGAUUGACUCUGUAAUACCAGGCAGUCCUGCUGAGAAGGCCGGUCUGAAACCUGGAGAUCGCAUCUUGUUUCUCAAUGGGUUGGACAUGAGGAAUUGUUCGCAUGAGAAGGUGGUGUCCAUGUUGCAGGGCAGUGGAGCAAUGCCUAGUCUGGUAGUUGAGGAUGGACCCCCGUCCUUGACCAUGACUGAUGCUGAGCAGUUUCAUGUAUCUCCUCGCUCCCGUACUCCUGUCCUCAGCUCCCUGCAAUGGAUCGCUGAGAUCCUGCCUCCCAGCAUUCGUGUGCAGGGCCGAACCUUCAGCCAGCAGCUCGAGCACCUCCUCACCCUUCAGGAGAGAUACGCCAUAUGCAAAGCCCUGGAGGCUUUCUUCCAGCACAGAAAUGUGGACACUUUGAUUGUGGAUGUGUUUCCUGUGUUGGAUACCCCUGCAAAGCAGGUAAUCUGGCAGUUCAUUUACCAGCUGCUCACCUAUGAGGAGCAAGAACACUGUCAGAACAAGAUUUCCCGCUUCCUUGGCUAUAAAGUCACAUUGCCGGAACCUGAACCUCCAGCACAUGAGCCACAUCGGCGCAGCAGCUCUAUGAAGGUGACAGGAAACACCUACAGGAGCAGUGUGAGGGGACGUAGCUCAGAUGAUUUAGUGAUUGGCACUCAUUUGGGGAUGGGGAUCUGCACUGAUCCAGUCGAAGUGUCCCAUAUGAGACUGACCCCUGGAGAGAGACAAUCAGGUGAUGGGACUUCUCUACCAGAGACACCCAACAAUCUGACCAAUUUGUCAGCAGUGUAUGCUGAGCUAGAGAAUGUCUAUGCAGGGAAGAGAUCAAAAUCCCUGAAAAGUCGACCACCACCAGCUCCUGACACACUGGUUACCGUGGACAUCUUCCAACACUCUUCCUCACAGUCGGGGAGGGCUCACUCUUCAUCUCCAUCUGUUCGGGUCACUUCAGGUAGCCGCAAAUCUGCAUCAGCCCAGCAUGCACCCCCUCCUCCUCCACAAAUGGAGACUUGGACACAGGAGCCCCCACUUAGUCCCCAGUGUCCAUUCUAUCCACCUGCUCUUCCAACCCAAACCAGUGCUGAGUCCAACCCCUACAUCAGUUUGGACAGCCCACCCCUUUCUCCACCAUCUCCUCCUGACUAUCCACCAAGUCCACCUAUUCGCAAGAAACGCUACACCUUCUCACGUCCACCUCGUACCCCGGACACAGACUUGUUCAUGGAGGCCUUGAGUGAACAGCUGGGACAGCAGUUAUCUGUGGAUGAUUUCCUUUCACCAGAGAAUGACUAUGAAGAGGAUGUUGUCCAAAUGACCUUCCAGAAUGAAGAUGAAGAAGUACAGGAGGAUGAAGAGGAAGAAGAAGAAGAAGAAGAGGAGGAGGAGGAGGAGGAGGAGGAGGAGGGAGAGGGUCCGUACAUGCCUCCGGAGUUAAGCAGUCCGAGUGAAGUGCAUAGUAGCAGUGAAGAUGCCAGCUCUCUUACCUACUCUUCUAGCUCUGAGCACAUUCCUCCACCCCCUAUGACUCCUCCCCCUCCACCCCCUGUCCAAUUUAAUGACUCUCUUCCACCUGCUGGCUUAUCGCCUGACCACGCACCCCGGCUGACUUUCCGUCGCCACCCCGGACCUCCUCCUCCACCCCCACCAAGGGCUAACCCACCUCCAAAACGACAGUCCAUUCACAAGGUCUUGCCCACCCAUGAUGAGAUUAUGACCCAGCACCAAGUCAUCCAGGAGCACCACUCACUUCCGGUUCAAUCAACAGGUGGUCACCCUCAACAACUUCAACAGCAAAUGCACCAGUCUCUGCCUCCUAUUACCUCUCCAGAUAUAACUCAGUCAUCUAUCUCCAGCCAUACAGCCUAUGAGAUGCACCAUCCAACUUACCAGUUUCAUCAACACCACCAGGGUCACCAGAUGCAUCAAAUUCAUCAGGAAAAAACAGGCCACCAAUGCCAGUCAGGUCAUCAAAUGCACCAAACUGAUCAUUCGCACCAGACUGUUCAGACUCAACUUUCUAGUUCCAUGGAUAGGCUUGAUAGGAUUGAACGAAAGGAACGCUCAGAUAGGCACAUCUAUGAGAUGGAGCCUCAACCCUUGCAUUCAGACCAACAUGCUUACCAAGUUCAUCAGAGUCAUCAAGCUCAUCUUUCAAGCUCCAUGGACCGGCUUGACAGACUGGAACAGAUGCAGCGUUUAGAAAGAUUGGAGCGUAUGGAGCGUAUGGAGAGAAUGGAGAGAGCAGGCCGACAGAUGCAGCUGGCACACAUGGCUCAAGCUGUUUCUCAAGCUAAUCAGCCAGCUCAACGGAGUCAACAACAGUACCACCACCAGAGUCAACAGAUGCAGCAAACUCAUCAAGCCUACCCACCAACCCAGACUCCUUCAUCAGCUCGCCACAUUCCCCAAAUUGAGCUUAUACAUCAAGUCCAGCCCAUUCAGUCUGCUCCUCAGUACCACCAAAUCCAUCAACCCCACCAACCUAACCAGAGCCAACAGAUUUUGUCCACUUUCCAGCCCCUUCCUUCACAGCAGCAGCAACAGCUUCAACAACAACAACAACUUCAGCAACAACAACAGAUUCACCAACAACAGAUUCAGCAGAAGCAACACAUUCAACAACAGAUUCAGCAACAACAGAUUCACCAACAGCAACACAUUCAGCAGCAGCAACAGUUUCAGCAGCAGCAACACAUUCAGCAGCAACAACAGCGCUCAACCCCCUCUAUUGUACAGGCCAGGGAAAGCCCUCAACCCAUAUACCACGAGUAUCGCCACCACCAUCAUCAUCACAGCCACCAUGAAGCCCAGUCCCAAACUCAAGCACCAGGUGCACCCCAACCUCAAUCUUACCACCCCACUGAAGGAUCUACCGUGGAGCCACCGCCACCUCCACCUUUACCCCCACCUUGUGUUCCCCCUCCUCUGCCAAAAGCUUCUCCCCAAAAAUCUGAUUCUAGUCACAUGAACGUGAAGAGGCUACGUUGGGAACAGGUGGAGAAUUCAGAGGGAACCAUCUGGGGACAGUUGGAAGAAGACUCUGAUUAUGACAAGCUGAGUGACAUGGUGAAAUACCUCGACCUGGAGCUUCAUUUUGGGACCCAAAAAACUCCUGUUUCAGUUCCAGAGCCUUCACCUCAGGUGGAGACUUUCAAAAAGAAAGAUGUGGUGGAGAUUCUUUCCCAUAAGAAGGCCUACAAUGCUUCAAUCCUGAUUGCCCAUCUGAAGCUGUCACCAGGUGAACUGCGUCAGGUUUUGAUGACAUUAUCGAGCGAACGUUUAGAGCCGGCACAUAUUAAGCAGCUGCUCCUGUACGCGCCGGACGACGAUGAGGUCAGACAGUACGAGCAGUACCGAGAUGACCCAAACAAACUUAGUGAACCUGACCAGUUUGUUUUACAGAUGCUUUCUGUGCCAGAAUAUAAGACGCGUUUGAAAAGUCUCCACUUUAAAACUACGUUACAAGAGAAAACUGAAGAAUUAAGAGGGUCGUACGACUGCAUUUUCAAAGCUUCACUGGAACUCAAGAACAGCAAAAAACUAGCAAAGAUUCUUGAGUUUGUUUUGGCAAUGGGAAAUUAUCUGAAUAAUGGCCAACCCAAGACCAAUAAAACCACUGGCUUUAAAAUCAAUUUUCUUACAGAACUCAGCACCACCAAAACAGUGGAUGGAAAGUCGACAUUUCUGAAUAUUCUGGUGAAAUCCUUGUGCCAACAUUUUCCUGAAGUACUAGACUUUGGCAAGGAGCUCAGGACAGUUUCACAAGCAGCCAAAGUGAAUCAGAGAAACAUCACAUCUGACUUUAAUGAACUACAUGCUACAAUCAAGGACAUUCGUGUGGCGUGUCAGAAGAUGCCGGCCACAUCUGAGGAUCGGUUUGCUGUUAUUAUGAGUGGGUUUCUGGAGAAUAGUCACCCUACAGUGCAGUCCCUUGAGUCUCUACAGCAGAGGGCGAUGGAGGAAUUCUGUAAAGUCGCCUCUUUCUUCGGUGAGGAUGGAAAGGGCACGACCACAGAGAGUUUCUUUGGCAUCUUCGCUGAGUUUAUUGGUAAAUUUGAGAGAGCUCUUGGUGACAUCCAGAACACUGAGUUCCCUCCACGCAGCCCCAGGAGUCCACGCACCACCUCUCCUUUAGCCUGGUGAAGAAGUCACCUCAACAUGAGCUCAACAGGCCUUUCACUACCACACAUGAUUAAAAAUAAACUACAUGCACCAGUGUUCACUUCCAUACACUUCAUUGUAUCUGUCCAAGCUGAUUUAGUGAGAGGCGUUGUGAUUCAUGGACACAUUUCUUGCAAAAAUGCAAACAGGUUCCUGUCGAGUUAUAGUUCAUGUUAUAUUCUCCUCAAUCAUAAGUGGGACAGAACAGCCAAGAUUUAUAAAACAGCUUAAAUGUUUCUAUAGAUCAAGUCAAGUUUCCAUCACUAAACUGGUAAAUGGUAAUAGGCUAGCAAUGCCAAAGUUCAAUUCCCACGAAGCACACUAAGGGGCAGUUUCCCGGACAGGGUUUAGAUUAAUCCAGGACUAGGCAUUAGUUAUAUUAGGACAUUUAAGUAGUUUUUACAAACAAACCUUACAAAAAACAAUACUGGUGUGCAUCUUGAGACAAAACAAUGGCACUGAUAUAUAUGAAGAAGAUACAUGGUGUUUUUAAAUGAAGGCAACUCAAACAUGCAUUUUAGUCUGGGACUAGGAUAAGACCUGUUUAGGAAACUGCCCCUAAGUGAGAAAAUGUACGUCCUUGAUAGCACUUUGAAUAAAGCAACUGCCAAAUGCAUAAAUGUAAAUGAGUUUAAAGCUGGAAAGCUUGAAAAAUUAUUUACUGAAUGAACGUUAAGACUGUAACACACUUUGAUAGGACAAGAAAGCUUUGUGAGUGUAUGAGAUAUGGAUAAGGAAAUCUUAUUUCAUUUAAAUAAAUAUAAAAUAUAUAACGAGGACGCUCAUUUUAACAGAAUUGAUACGUUAAUAAAAUUGUUUAGGGGGAAAAGUGCUGUAUAUCAUUGUGUCGCAAAUCUUAAGUACUUUAAUGUUCUUGCUGGAGAGAUUAGAUGGUAACUGUAAAGAUGAAUAUAAUUAUUCAAAUCAUUCCUCAUAUGCAAAAUGUUUAAAUGUAUAUCACUGUACCUGAGAUGCACUUAGCAUUUACUGUAUGAUUUUAGUAUAUGCCUUUGCUGUUUUUAAGUGCUAACUUUAAAUUAAAAAUUAUAUUUUAUGCUGCUAAUCCGCUUUUAUCCUCAUUAUCAUUAUAUAAUAUUUGUAUGUGCAUUUAAAAGAUUAUAUGAGACUGAUUUCUAUUAAACUAUCCAAAUGUAAAACUUUGACACAGUCUAACUUUAGUGUCAAGUUUACCAGAUGUACAAACCUUUAUAUGGUAAAAGUUAUCAUGUGACUUAACAUAGUAAAUAUUUGAAUCAAUAAUAGUGGGGAUCAGUUCAUCUUUGCUUUUGUCUCUUGAAAAUUAAAAAAUGAAUGUAAGGAGCCAGAGGUGUUUUUAUGAUCAGAGAACAUUUAACAGUUUUUGUUUUAUCAGUAUGUUUGUUUACUAUAUGCAGUAUUAUUUCAGUGCCAGUGUUGCACCGAAUUUUGUGACUGUGAAAUUAUAUGACCGUGUCGUUGAAGUGCAAGCUGUCGUCAGGCUAUUUUCCCAACACCAAUCCUAACCCCAAACGUCACUAUAGCGUAUAUUGUGGUUACAUAAUUUGAUGGUCACAGAAUUUGGUGUUACACCAUUUUCUGUAUUACAUAUUUAUGGCCCUUUAAUUUGUUUAAAAUAUGCAUUUAUAUUAGUAUCUAACUUCAUGUGUGUUUCAAUAAUGGGUGAAGGCCUAUUUAUUCUUUCUUCUAAAUCUUUUGAAUAUUUAACUUGAACAUAAAAGUGUGCAAUGAAGGACAAGUUAUCCAUUAAAACAAAUGCAAAAUCAUUCAUUUAAAAAAAGCCUACAUGAUUGUUAUUUUAAAAUUUGUGAUGUCUAAUAAAUGUUGGCAUUUCUACUAAGUAACUGUGUAUAAGUAAUGUCGCAACAUUGUAGUUGUCAUUACUGUUUUGGUAAUAAAACGCUCUUACAUUUUAACCAGCAUAUGUCGUCUUACAUAAAGAGCGAGUGGAGUUUGAUCUUUUAGUUCAGAGAAAGAUCGUGCCCACGGCACUGAAGGAUUACUGCGAUCUGUCACCGGAGACCCAGCAGUGCUGUUUGAAUGGACGCUGGGCUCACAUGAACACAUUUC